ACAGUAUUAACAAUUUUGUGAUGUAAUUGACACGUGUUGAUCAAACUGUACUACAAUAUAUAUAUGCUUUUUAGCACUGGCAGCUUCUGUCAUUUCAGAUAACCGUAGGCCAGGAAUGUUGGCCUGAAGGUCUGAGAAAUGGAUGUCGAAUAGGAGAAAGCCCAACACUGGGUUCUGUUUUACACCACUGGUUCGGAUCUGUACAUUGUUUGUUUGUACAGAAAGAAUGGAAAAUUACAAGAAGUCAAAAGUUGUUGAGCAUCCAUGCCCACUGCCUUUCAGUAAUCUACCAUCUGAUAUCAUUGAAAUUAAAGUCAAAGAGGGCAGUAAAAUUUGGAAUCUUAUGGGCUAUGCAGUUGGAAAAAUGGAACCUGAUGCAGUUAAGCAAACUAUUUUCAGUGGAUCAGGAAAAGGAGUUAGCAAAACUAUUACUUGUGUUGAAAUCAUGAAACGGAGGAUUAAAGGCCUUCAUCAGAUCACAAAAUUACUGUUUAAGCAAGUGGAGGAGAUUUGGGAAUCCAUUGUACCUGUGGCAGGAUUAGACACCUUGACAGUAAAAAGAAAUGUGCCUGCUGUUUGUGUAUUGUUAUCAAAGGAUGCUUUUGAUAUGAAUGAGUCUGGUUAUCGGACACCUGGCUGUUUUGAUACAUUGUGGAUCCAAGCUUUGAAAGAGGAAUCUCAGUUUCAGAAGAGGAGGAGACAGAGUGUGAGAGGGGGACCUAGUAGACGGACUGGUUAUUAUGAAUCUAGUAAGUCAGAAGUAACCAAGAAACUCAAAAAUGGUGCAAAAUUGUCAGGUGCAGAUGUGUCUAAGCAGAGAAAGUCUGCAGGUACCGAUGCUUCUAAGCUUCCUAUGAUUGAACAUCUAGACCAGAAAUAACUGUUGUCAGCAUGGUGAUAUAGUUGCUGGUGUUGUAUCUCCCCCUGCAUUUGAUCACUGUUUGGAGAGCUAACCUAAAGACUACUAAAGUGGUGAGGUGAUGCUAAUUUUCAUGGGUGAUAACUUGGGGGGGGCCUUAAACCUAAGGCAUAACUAGAAUCUAUUUUACUGCUUCUGCUAGUACGUUUCUAGCAGUUUACCCAUGUGUACUAAGUCUACUUGCACUGUGAUUCGCACUUAGCCUAUUCUUUUGCCAAGUGUUUUUGUUAUAUUGCUAAGUCAGUCACUCAAGACUCCAGAAGAGUAACUUGUAUACAUUUUUCUUGAGCGCUUUUUGGAUUUAUAUGCUUUUGAAAGAUAAAUUCAAGUUUUAUUUGAAAUGUAAAUAAAGUAUAUUUUUGACAAAA